UCUGUUGAUGGACUAUGACAUAAUUCAUUCGUUCUGACUGGGAAGACUGCUAGGACUGAAGAAGCGAAAUGACGCUGAGCCUGGAGGCGUUUGAUUGCGCUGUGUGCGCGAAUCUUCUCCUGGACCCGGUGGUAGGUCCUUGUGGUCAUGACUUCUGCAAGGAGUGCCUGGAGAGCUGGAGACAAGCAGCCUGCUCGAGGGGUCGCCGAGGAAACUCCUCCUGUCCGAUUUGCCGCAAGCCGCUGCCAAAUGAGCUGGGCGUGUGCUUGCGGCUGCGAGAGACUAUCCAGACCCUGUUCCCGGACAAGGUGAAGGAGAGGCGUGCGGAGGUGGAGGAGCGGCGGGCUGCAGCAGCGGUCGCUGCUACCGCUCCCGCGGCUACCUCAACCAUCCGGCGCCAGGCUUCGGGCGCACCGGGCGUCCACCGCAGCAACAUUCCCUGGAGCGGCAGCAGCAGCUUUGGCGCCGGCCCCAGCGCCAGCGCCGGCGCCAGCACGCCCUUGGGCGCACCCUUCGGCCUGGCCUGGUACAACGGGGCCAUGCCCGCGGCGGGCGGCCUGGCGGCGGCAACGCAGGCGGCCGUGACCGCGGCCGCCGCGGCUGCAGCCCACACGCACGCGGCGCCCGCGCCCGCGCCGGCGGUGGACACGUGGACCUACAGCGGCGCCCUGUGCUUCUCGCUGGGCUGGCAUGACCCCAAUGAGAACCGCGGCCGGCGCUCCUGGGGCCGCCGCCGCCGCGCAGUGGCCGUGUAGCAGCACAGCCAGUAGCGACAGGAGCAGGCGGCGCACGGGAGGCAGCCCCGGCUCAGCCGGGCACACACACCCAGGGCCACUGGAGGUCGGCCAGCUGUUGGUGUGGCACUCGUCGGCCAGGUUGCGGCAUGUGCGGCGCACCGGCGUUUGCUUGUGUGCGCGCAGCGCACGCAGGAAGCCCGCAUGCAUGGCAGGCGAGUGUCGAAGGCCACUACUGAGCGGCUUACUGGCCUUCGGGGGCUCUGGGUGUGUGCAACGAGCAUGCUAUCUUCGUGAUGGAGUAAUUCAUCAUAGACUGAAGGGCAUGAUGUGGAGGAAGCAGCGCGUGUAUCUUCAUAUAAUCAUCUACCGAUUCGACAGCUAAGGCAGGUGUACACCCAAGCUCGGGGCUUGAGUCGGACGCGGCACAGCAGCCGCCGCGGUGCAGGGUCGGAGUCGGCUGCAGUGGCGCUGCCUUCGUGAUCCACAUGACUCGGACGCGGAGGUCGUUAGUGCGACUGCGGGUGUGGUCGACGAGCGAUUGCGUGCAGGUGGCUGCUGUGCCGUUAUGCCUGUCUAGCCCCGUGCUUUGUGCAAUGCCCUUACGCACUUGUUGAGUGCGCGAGAAAGAGGACGCAUGGCGGCCUGCUGGCAUUCGGGCGCUUGCUGUAGAGAUGUAGUUGUAGCGUGUGUAGCAGGACUUGCAGUCGGUCCAGGAGACCAGAGGUUGCAAAGGUCCAGGCAUAGGUACCUGCAGUCGCCACGUACGCAAUAGGCACGGUGUGAGGGUUGGGGCGAGUUCUGUUACGAUGUCACGGGCGCUUCGGCUGUCUGCGGCAUGCUGCUAAUUGCAUGGCAGGGCCGGGCGCUGCUCCGCGUUUCUCGACGCUGUGGAAUUGCGUGCGUGGACGUGCUACUGGAUACGAUCUGGGUGGCCCGAUGUGUUCGUAUGGCUUCUGGGGGCCUGCAAGUCGUUUGCUGCCAGCUCCGGUGAUGUAGAAUAUGUAGAUUAGAUGUAGAUUAUGUGUGUGCGGUUGUGCACACUUAAGACGUAGAUGCAAUGUGCUGGCAGGGGCUGCUGCGUCGUGCUCAGGCUGCGGCCGAGGAGUCUGUGCAGGAGCCGCAAAGCAGCAACGACUGCUCGGCUAUGAAAUAGCCCUGGGGCCCGCUGCACAGACUCCAGCGUAGGCUGAGCAAGGCGAGGCGAGGCCCUGCGGGCGAGGCCACGCCAAGAUUGAUGAUGGGCGGGUGCACGUUGUUUGAAUGCGCGCCCCGGCGCCGUGAUAGCGAGAUGCUGCAUAGCCUGGAUGCCGAGCAAGUGGGUGGAUGGUCCGUGAGCACGCCUGACUGAUGCCAGUGCGCCGGACCCACCAGCUCGGCUGACUUGUGAACCUGGCAGGUAUGCGAAUGCUUUUGGGGGUCGGGGCGCGCCGGAUGGAUGUGUCACCUUGCUGUGUAUGCUGUGGGAAAGUGGCAAGGCGGUCGCAAGCAAGCACGCACGACGUGUGCGGCCUGAAGUGGUGAAGGUGUUACGCGUCAGCUCCAUGAUAAAUGCCUGCGCGUAAACUGCACCCGGUGGUGCACAGUGCUGCUUUUGUAGCCGCCUUGACUUUGCAAGGCAGGGGCAACCUACACAAGAAGCUUUUUGCUUGACGACUUCAGGGCCAGUCAAGAUGUGUAAGCUCGGUGCCCU